UGGUUUCAAAUUUUCUCACCCAGCAAACUUUAAAUUAUAAUUGGUCUGAGAAAUGCCAAUGAAAUGGAGGAACAAUUGCUACGUAAAUUGUCUUUCACUUGUACAUAUCUACCAACAGCUGUUAGAUACCUCCCACGUCUUGCCUGACCGUUAACAUUUGGCAGUUAUUUUGGUGUAUUUCUCUUCGUACGCGACCUCUCAACUCCUUUAUUCAUCAAAGAUCAUGAAAUCUCUUUAUGCCCUGUUUAAACCAACUGCUUCUCCCGCUAAAACAACUGUCGCGACUUCUUCCUCGAGAAAGCCAACCUCCGUGCCCAAUGCACCCUCUCAAGAUCCAUCGGAAAAGCACUUCAUAUCUCUUAUUCACUCUUCGAAAACCACACUCCAACUCCACCAAAUCCACGCACAAAUCCUCCUCCACGACCUCUCUUCCAGCAGCCUCAUCACUACCCAGUUGAUCUCUUCGUCAUCUUUACGCAAAUCCGUUGGCUACUCUCUCGCGGUCUUUAACCAUUACCAUCCCAAGAAUUCGUUUCUUUUCAAUGCAUUGAUUCGUGGCCUCACGAGUAAUUCCCUUUUUGAGAAUGCCAUCUCCCAUUUUAUUCUCAUGUUGAGGUUGGAUGUUAGACCAGACCAGCUCACCUUCCCAUUUAUACUUAAAUCUGUUGCUUGUUUGUGUUUAGAAGGGCUUGGUAGAGCUCUUCAUGGGAUGAUUUUGAAGCGUGGUUUCGAGUUUGAUUCAUUCGUUAGAAUAGCUAUGGUCGAUCUGUAUGUAAAAGUUGAGGAAUUGGGAUUUGCUUUGAAGCUGUUUGAUGAAAGUCCUCAGAGGUUUAAUACUGAUAAGACAUUGUUGUGGAAUGUUUUGAUUAAUGGGUAUUGUAAGGUUGGAGAUAUGAGCAAGGCUGCGGAGCUCUUUCAGGCCAUGCCACAGAGGAAUACUGCGUCUUGGAAUAGUUUGAUUAAUGGGUUUUUGAGAAGUGGGGAUUUGGAGAAAGCGAGGGAGCUGUUUGAUCGAAUGCCAGGGAAGAAUGUGAUUUCUUGGAGUACAAUGGUUAAUGGGUUUUCACAGAAUGGAGACCAUGAGAAGGCAUUGUCCUUGUUUUUUAAGAUGUUGGAAGAGAGUGUGAAGCCAAAUGAUUUCACCAUUGUUUCAGCUCUCUCUGCUUGUGCAAAGAUUGGUGCCCUUGAAGCUGGACUAAGAAUACACAGAUAUCUGAAAGAUAAUGGUUUCCGUUUGAAUAGAGUAAUUGGAACUGCUAUGGUGGAUUUGUAUGCAAAAUGUGGGAAUAUUGAGUCUGCAAAUGAGGUGUUCAGGGAGACAAAAGAGAAGGACAUUCUUACAUGGAGUGUUAUGAUAUGGGGUUGGGCAAUCCAUGGACAUUCUGAGGAAGCAAUUAAGUAUUUCAAACAAAUGAUGUAUGCAGGUAUACGACCAGAUGAGGUUGUCUUUCUUGCCAUACUAACUGCAUGCACACAUGCUGGCAAAGUAAAUCUUGGACUUAAUUUCUUCAACAGCAUGAAGCUCGACUACUCUAUUGAACCCACCAUGAAGCAUUAUGCAUUAAUUGUUGAUCUCUUAGGCAGGGCAGGUUGGCUAAAUCAAGCUCUGAGGUUCAUUGAAAGCAUGCCAAUAACUCCCGAUUUUGUGAUAUGGGGAGCACUUUUUUGCGCUUGCAGAGCUCACAAAAAUAUCAAAUUGGCAGAGUUAGCCUCACAGAAGCUCCUGGAGCUUGAACCUAAGCAUCCUGGGAGCUAUGUCUUCCUAUCAAAUGUUUAUGCUGCAGUAGGCCGAUGGGAAGAUGUAGAGAGAGUGAGAAUUCUGAUGCAGAAUAAAGGCAUAGAGAAAGAUCCAGGAUGGAGUUUUAUAGAGGUGGAGGGUCAAGUGCAUAGUUUUGUAGCUGGUGAUUACUUUCAUCGGGAUGCAAAAGAUAUAUACUUGAAAUUAGAAGAAAUAGUGGCAGGUGCAAGGGAACAAGGAUACAUGCCUGGAACUGAGUGGGUACUUCAUAAUAUUGAAGAAGAAGAGAAGGAAGAUGCAUUGGGAAGUCAUAGUGAGAAGUUGGCACUUGCUUUUGGCCUUCUUCGUACUUCUCCUGGUAUGACUAUAAGAAUUGUGAAAAAUCUCAGAGUUUGUGGGGAUUGUCAUUCUCUAAUGAAAUAUGCUAGUAAGAUGAGUCAAAGGGAGAUUGUAUUGAGAGAUAUAAAGCGAUUCCAUCAUUUCAAGGGUGGAAUUUGUUCAUGUGGAGAUUACUGGUGAUGCUGUAUGUGAUGCUGAUGUUGAAAAGUAACAUCUUCCGGAUAAUUUUUUAAUACCAUAAUUCUUUUCCUUGGAAAUCGCCAAACUUUAUGGUAAUUUUUGUUUGCUGAUUAAUGGAUAAUCAUAAGAGAGGGUACAGAAUAGAUGUUUAUUCAUCAGAGACUGAUUCUUGUAGUUUGAUCAUUGUCCAUACACAUGAAGAUGACUUUCUCAUUUUUGCUGGCAUUUACUGUAAUGGCACAGUUCAUUGGCCCUUGACGGUCAAGCACAGAAUUUCAUUUUAUUUUGAUGUUGAAGAAGAGUUGUUAAAGGAAAUACCUAAGCCUCCAUCAUAUAUUGAAGGAUUGAAAGUGAAAAUUCUAUAUUUUGGAGAUUCUGGAGGCCUUUUGCAUCUUGUCAUGUGCAGUUGAUCGCCAUUAGUAUUGGGAUUCGAUGUUUUGGAGAUGGCUGCGGAUUGCUCUGAAUGGUCUGUGGAUUGUGAGGUAUCAUGGGCAGCAUUUCCAAUCUGGCUUGGGUUCUGCAUUCCUGUUAUAAAGUACGAUUUUCAAUUCUAGUGCUUAUUGUGGUGAGAAGGAAGAAGAGUAUAUGGUUGUGCUUUAUGUGGAUGGCACAGCCUUGGUCUAUGAUCUCAAUCACGGCACAUCAAAAAAGCUUUGUGAUUUGGAGUCCAGUUCCUCAACAUAACAAUGGUAGAUUGGCAGUGCUAUUGGACGUUGUUUUUAGCAGGCAAUUUCGGUCGUUUGUGAUUGAACAAAUCCCAUUUCUUUAACUCGAACUUCUUCAAACUUGGAUUGAAAUAGAACUAAAAUUGAUCAAAUUCGAAUUUGAUUAAAAUUAUUUUGAAUCCAAUUGAAAUUAAAGUGGAUCUAUUUUGAUUAAUUUAAAAA